AUGGCGUCGGCCGCCAAGUCGUCGCGCUCGCGCCCGGCCGGCCACUCUGGCGUCCUCCCGAUGCACGCGGCCGCGGGCGGCGGCGGCGGCGGCGGCGGCGACGGCGCCGGGUCGCGGCUCGCCGACAAGCUCAAGAUAUUCAAGACCGACAAGUUCGACCCCGACUCCUACGUGCAGUCCAAGUGCCAGACCAUGAACGAGAAGGAAAUAAGACAACUGUGUUCUUAUCUGCAAGACCUAAAGAAGGCUUCUGCUGAAGAGAUGCGUAGAAGUGUCUAUGCUAACUAUGCUGCAUUCAUCAGAACAUCAAAGGAGAUAUCUGACCUCGAAAGGGAGCUGCAAUCUAUCAAAAAUCUGCUAAACACUCAGUCAGCUCUAAUUCAUGGCCUUUCCGAAGGAGUUCAGAUCGAUUCCUUGACUACAGGACCUGAAGAUUCCGAAGAAGAGAGCUUCUCUACUGUUGAAGACCAGGAGCUUUCAGAAAUUCAGAACUGGUAUACUGAUUUUCCCGAGAGGCUUGAUGUCUUGCUGGCUGAGAGAAGAGUGGAUGAAGCACUGGAUGCCCUGGAUGAAGCAGAGCGAAUCGCUGCUGAUGCAAAGCAGAAGCAAAUUCUUUCCACAGCUGAAAUUCUUGCUUUGAAGAGGGCUAUCUCUGACAACCGUCAGAAGUUGUCAGAUCAGCUUGCCGAAGCUGCUUGCCAGUCUUCUACUUGCGGCAUUGAACUACGUGCUGCAGCUUCUGCUCUCAAGCGACUUGGUGAUGGACCCCGUGCUCAUAGUUUGUUGCUCAGUGCACAUAACCAAAGGCUUCAGGGCAACAUACAAACGACCCAUCCAUCUAGCACAGCAUAUCGUGGGGCGUACACAGCGGCUCUUGCAAAACAAGUUUUUUCUGCUAUAUCUCAUGCUCUCAGUGACUCUAUGGAAGUCUUUGGUGAUGAACCAUCUUAUGCAUCUGAAGUAGUUACCUGGGCUACUAAGCAGGCAAUGUUAUUUGCCUUGCUUGUAAAGAGGCACGCUCUAGCCUCUUGUGCAGCCAGUGGGGGUUUAAGAGCUGCUGCAGAAUGCGUGCAAAUAGCACUUGGUUAUUGCUCCUUGCUAGAAGCUCGUGGUCUGUCACUUUCAGGAGUUGUGAUGAAACAGUUCAGACCUUGUGUUGAGCAAGCAUUAGAUUCCAGUUUGAGGAGAAUUGAAGAGAGUACUUCUGCUUUAGCUGCAGCUGAUAACUGGGUACUAGUCUAUUCCCCAACUGGUAUACGACCAUUUGCUAGAUCAUCUGCUGGUAAUAUGGCACCCAAGCUCUCAAGCAGUGCUCAUAGGUUCAAUUCGAUGGUUCAGGAUUUCUUUGAGGAUGUUGGGCCACUGCUUAGCCUGCAGUUAGGUGGUUCUACAAUGGAUGGGCUUCUAAAAAUAUUCAAUACAUAUAUUGAUUUGCUCGUAAGUGCUCUACCGAGCUCAAUGGAUGAUGAAGCGAAUUUGGAAGGUUUAGGAAAUAAGAUUAUUCGCAUGGCAGAGACUGAUGAGCAGCAGUUAGCAUUAUUAGCCAAUGCAUCCUUACUUGCUGAAGAGUUGUUACCUAGAGCAGCUAUGAAGCUGCCAUCUGUAAACCAGACCAGCAUGGAUAGUAUGCCUAAAAGGGGUCCAGAGAAGCAAAACCGUGCAUCAGAGCAUCGUGAAUGGAAAAGGAAGCUGCAACGUAUGGUGGACAAACUUAGAGAUAGUUUCUGCAGGCAGCAUGCUCUUGCUCUUAUAUUCACGGAAGAAGGUGACACUCAUCUGAGCGCAGAAAUGUAUAUCAAUAUGGAUAAUAAUGUUCAGGAGAUAGAAUGGGUCCCUUCUCUAAUUUUUCAGGAACUUUAUGCGAAACUACACAGGAUGGCGGGCAUUGCCACCGAGAUGUUUGUUGGCAGGGAAAGAUUUGCUACAUUGCUAAUGAUGCGGCUGACAGAAACAGUCAUAUUGUGGCUCUCAGAGGACCAGACCUUUUGGGAGGAAAUUGAAGAGGGGCCAAGGGCUCUGGGGCCCCUUGGACUUCAGCAGUUCUACCUGGACAUGCAAUUUGUGAUCCUUUUCGGGCAAGGCCGUUUCUUGUCCCGGCAUGUACACCAAGUCAUAUUGAACAUCAUCGACAGAGGGAUGGCAGCAUUCUCUGCUACUGGAUUGGAUCCUGAUAGUGCGCUUCCAAGCGACGAUUGGUUCAUCGAGGUUGCACAAGACACCAUCAGCAGGAUCAGUGGGAAGGCUCAAACUGCUACCUCGGAGAGGGAGGUGCACAGCCCGACGGCCUCCGUCUCAGCGCAGUCCGUGUCAUCUGUCAGAUCUCACGGCAGCUCCUAGUUCGCACCCCGGGCAACCAUCUUCCGUAGACAGGUCCUUGCAGUAUAUUUGUAAAGCAAUAUAGCGUAUUUCUCCCCUACACUUCUCGUCUAUAUGAUAUCUUUUCCCUGUAUAUUCUGGUUCCACCUCUGUGUUCGGCCUGUAGAUUGUAGUGUUGUGCAGCUAGUUAGUUGUGAUUGUACAGCACAGUGAGUAUAGCCAAAAGAAAUCCUUCUUUGGAGUCACAAAAGAAGAAAAAAACAUUCCUCUGAA